AAAAGAAAUGGUAAACAGCAUAACAACUUACUUUAGUCAAAGAUUUCAGGCUCUUCAAUUUUCCAUCCAGCAAACCCCACACAUAUUUACACACACUACACGCACUAACUACUUCAACAGCACUCCUUUCUUUCAAUCACUCCCCCAUUAAAUACAUAAAGUCAUCUUUGUAUGCCCACAUUUUCAGCAGCACGCACAAAAUUCAUCGUCGCAAUUCGCGCUCGCUCUCCAUUUUCAGAAUAUUCAUAACUCUCGGAAUCCACAGUGUAGAAAUGGUGAAUUUGGGGGCGAUUUUGAAGCAUCCGGAAGAUUUGUAUCCGAUGGUGAAACUGAAACUGGCGGCGCGACAGGCUGAGAAGCAGAUACCGGCGGAGCCGCACUGGGCAUUUUGUUAUUCCAUGCUUCAUAAAGUAUCUAGAAGUUUCGCUCUCGUUAUUCAGCAGCUCGAUACUGAUCUUCGUGAUGCUGUAUGCAUAUUCUAUUUAGUUCUGCGAGCGCUUGACACAGUUGAGGAUGAUACAAGCAUAGCAUCAGAAGUUAAAGUACCUAUUUUGAAGGCAUUUCAUCGUCACAUAUAUAACUCGGAAUGGCAUUUUUCAUGUGGUACAAAGGAGUACAAAGUUCUCAUGGAUGAGUUUCAUCAUGUUUCUGUCGCUUUUCUGGAGCUUGGAAAAGGUUACCAAGAGGCAAUUGAGAACAUUACCAUGAGAAUGGGUGAAGGAAUGGCAAAAUUUAUAUGCAAGGAGGUAGAAACAGUUGAUGAUUAUGAUGAAUAUUGUCACUAUGUGGCUGGACUUGUUGGACUAGGAUUGUCAAAACUGUUCCAUGCUUCAGGAAAAGAAGAUCUGGCAUCUGAUUCUAUCUCCAACUCAAUGGGUUUAUUUCUUCAGAAAACUAAUAUUAUUAGAGAUUAUUUGGAGGAUAUUAAUGAGAUACCAAAGUCACGAAUGUUCUGGCCUCGUGAAAUUUGGAGUAAAUAUGCGAACAAACUUGAGGACUUGAAGUAUGAGGAAAACUCAGUUAAGGCAGUGCACUGUCUGAACGACAUGGUUACAAAUGCCUUAAUACAUGUUGAAGAUUGCCUGAACUACAUGCUUGCUCUACGAGAUCCAGCUAUCUUUCGUUUUUGUGCAAUUCCGCAGAUCAUGGCAAUUGGGACAUUAGCUUUGUGCUACAACAACAUUCAAGUCUUCAGAGGUGUUGUGAAAAUGAGGCGUGGUCUAACUGCGAAAGUUAUUGACAGAACUAAAACUAUGUCAGAUGUUUAUGGGGCUUUUUAUGACUUCUCUCUUAUGCUGAAAUCAAAGGUUGAUGAUGCCGAUCCUAAUGCCAGAAAGACAAAAGCCAACUUGGAGAAAGUCUUGAAACUUUGCAGGGACUCUGGAGCUCUAGGCCAAAGGAAUUCUUACAUUAUCCAGAGGAAGCCACAAUACAAUGCAACUAUGAUCGCUGCCAUCUUCAUCAUAAUCGCUAUUCUUCUAGCUUUCCUGUCAGCAGCUCGACCAACCAGUAUGUGAUUGAUUUCUUGGGAAAACCUAUAGUUAAUAAUCACAGUAAUUAUGUCUUGUGAAAUGUGUAUUCACCUCUCAAGUAAACUCGGUUUCCGGCAUGUAUGUACGCAUAAGCGGUGAAGAAAUUCAGCAAAUUGGAGGCACAAAAUGUGCAACAUAGUUUGUUCCUAUCUGUCCAAGGUUUCAUGUUCCUAUCUGUCUAAGGUUUCACCCCCAUUAUGGGAAGUCGGUGACGCAGACAUAAUGUAUUUUUUGCGAGCGAAUAAUGUGCCGGUGUGUAUUGAAUCUCACUUCUUCAUGUUUACUUUUCUUCUCCUUGCCUUUUUUUUACUCAUCUGGUUUCAAACACCAAGAUUUGUCCAAAUGUAUACCAUAAUUUCCCAGUGGUCUUUUGAUUUAUCAAUAAAUUAUUAUUAGUUUGUGUUAAA